AUGACAGCAUGCUUAUUAAGAGUGAUCGCCAAUGAAGUAAUUGGAGCAUCUCCGAUCACUAAUCAAUUGGUGAUGGCUAUCGGUCAUUCACUAAAGAGACCACUGGUCCUUUCAUCGGCCAGCAAUCGUAACAUAAACAAUAGAGUAAACUUUAAAUUUACUAAACCAACAGACACAACAAUCAGUAAUACCAUUAAAUCAUAUUCAUCACAAUCAUCAACAUCACAAUCACAUUCAAUGUUCAGUUCAUUGAUAUACCAACCAUAUAAAUCCUCAAACAAUAGUAUCUACAAUAUUGCUGCAGACAAUUCAAAUAAUUUUUCAUUGGGAUUAAGAUAUUAUAGUAAUAUACAAAAGGAAACAACAGAUGUAUCAACAAGCAAUAAUACUACAACUACAACACCAACACCAGCACCACCAACACCACCAAAAGAAACAUUUAAAGAGAAAUUGAAAAAGAUUGCUAAACAUUAUUGGUUAGGUACUAAAUUGCUUGGUAAGAAUAUCAAGUUGACUGUCCAGUUGAUUAAGAGACUCAGUAAGGGACACAGUCUGUCUCGUCGUGAGCGUAGUCUUUUGGUUCAGACAUCGGCCGAUAUCAUUCGUUUGGUGCCAUUCAUCAUUAUUAUGGUUGUGCCAUUCCUCGAGUUUGCACUACCAGUGUUGUUAAAGUUGUUCCCCAAUCUCUUGCCAUCGACCUACGAGUGGAAGAACGAGCAAGAGGAGCACAAGACCAAUAAAUUGAAGGGUAAUAUCACAAUGGCUAAAUUCCUUCAGGACACUCUCGAGGACAUCAGUGUAGAGUUGAAGAGCAACAACAUCGUCAAGUCCAAAGAGUUCCACGACUUUAUGAUGAAGGUAAAGAGCGGUGAGCCAGUCUCUAGCAAUGAGAUUCUCACUUUUUCACAGUUAUUCCGUGACGAAAUCACUAUGGAGAAGAUCUCCAGACCACAGCUCUUGGCUAUGCACAAGUACUUGGCUGGUGGUAGCUUCGUCGCCAAGUGGUACUCCAACGACUACCUGAAGCAACAGAUCAGCAAGAAACUAAAGAAGAUCAAACAGGACGAUAUUUUGAUCAAGAAGGAAGGUUUGGAUGCUUUGACCCUCGAGGAAUUGGUCGACGCUGCAUUGGUGCGUGGAUUCAAGGUCGAAGGUUACACCCGUAAGCAAAUCGAACAUCAACUCGAACAAUGGUUGGAUCUCUCACUGAACAAGUCAGUGCCAAGCUCAUUGCUGAUUCUAAGCAGAGCUUUCACCUUGACUUCCUCCACCACUGUUGCCGAGGCACUCGAAGACACCCUCGAGCACAUCCCACAGGAAGCACUCGAUGAAGUCGUCAAGAAGCUCCCAGUCGGUGGUGUAUUCGAAGAGGGUAGCGUUGAGCGUGCCGAAGAGAAGCUUGAGGAGCUCUCGAAGGAGGCCGAGCAACUCGAGAAGGAAAAUCAAGCCGAUUUGGUUGAGGGUGCCGAAUCCACUGCCAAAGAGACUGAAGACGUCAAGCAACAGUUGCAAUCCGCUGAACAACUCAAGGAGCAAGUCGCUGGUACUGAGGCUCCACAAAUAUUGGACGGUCAACUGAAAGAGUUGGUCGACAAGAUCGAUGACAACAUCAAGGAGAUUGUAAACAUCGAACAAACCACCCCACUCACCAACGCAGAGAAAGCCGCCAAGAAAGCUGAACAAUCACUUUCAGACGAUGAUGAAACCGAAAUUCAUAAACAACAACCACAACCAAACGAACAAGUACAACAACAACAACAGCAAACUUCCAAAAUUUAA